GCCUGGGGGACUAAAGGAAAGUUCUCAAGUUCUUUUAAUUUUGAUUUGCAUCAAAAAGUCCGCUUAAUUUCAGGUUUCACCUCCAGGAGUCAAUUAUUAUGGACUUAAAGCUAUAGUAACUUUUGAAGAUCGUUUGUAAUUCGCUGUCUUUGCUAGGUUUUCUUUUCUAAGCAGGCUCAUUUCUGUAGUUCAGAAACUUAGCACCCACUAGUCGGGUACCCCUGGAGAGUCCUGGUACCGCCCACCUGGGGCGCCUACGAAUCCUAGGCCUUUGCGUGUUGAUGGACGGAUUCGCGCUGCAAGAAGCCUCGCCGCUGUCACCACUGGGCAUUGGCAAUUGGUUCAGGGGGAACGGCGCGGAACCAAUGGGAGCGGUGGCUCGGGAGAGACCUUGGAGCGCGCGGGAAAGAGACCAAUAUAAACUGUGGCGGGAUAGUUUUCGGGUCCUUGUCCAGUGAAACACCCUCGGCUGGGAAGUCAGUUCGUUCUCUCCUCUCCUCUCUUCUUGUUUGAACAUGGUGCGGACUAAAGCAGACAGUGUUCCAGGCACUUACAGAAAAGUGGUGGCUGCUAGAGCCCCCAGGAAGGUGCUUGGUUCUUCCACCUCUGCCACUAAUUCGACAUCAGUUUCAUCGAGGAAAGAGCAUGUCCUUUGCAACCUGAUCACACAAAUGGUGAAAAAGAAUAGAACUUUCUCAUUCAUCUUUGAAUAACGUCUCCUUGUUUACCCUGGUAUUCUAGAAUGUAAAUUUACAUAAAUGUGUUUGUUCCAAUUAGCUUUGUUGAACAGGCAUUUAAUUAAAAAAUUUAGGUUUAAAUUUAGAUGUUCAAAAGUAGUUGUGAAAUUUGAGAAUUUGUAAGACUAAUUAUGGUAACUUAGCUUAGUAUUCAAUAUAAUGCAUUGUUUGGUUUCUUUUACCAAAUUAAGUGUCUAGUUCUUGCUAAAAUCAAGUCAUUGCAUUGUGUUCUAAUUACAAGUUUGUUGUAUUUGAGAUUUGCUUAGAUUGUUGUACUGCUGCCAUUUUUAUUGGUGUUUGAUUAUUGGAAUGGUGCCAUAUUGUCACUCCUUCUACUUGCUUUAAAAAGCAGAGUUAGAUUUUUGCACAUUAAAAAAUUCAGUAUUAAUUAAACAUUACUUAUUCUAACCUUUUUUUGGCAAGGAGGACAAAUACGCAAUGUUGGAAAACCUUGGAUGGAUAUCUUCUCUUUAAAAAAAUGUAAAGAUAAUUUGGUCUUGAGGGUUUAAACGGUUGAUAAUGCCUCUACAACAACAAUAAGAAAAAAGAUAAAAUACUAGGAUAGAAUCAUGGUGGGCACAGUGGCUUCUCAGGAGGCUGAGGAGGGAGGUUUGCUUGAGUCCAGGAGUUGGAGACCAGCCCAGGCAACAUAGCGAAACCCUAUCUCUGAAAAAAUUUUUAAAAAGGCUGAGUGCAGUGGCUCACACCUGUAAUCCCAGCACUUUGGGAGGCCAAGGCAGGUGGAUCACCUGAGAUAGGAGUUCAAGACCAGCCUGGCCAGCAUGGUGAAACUGUCACUACUAAAAAUGAAAAAAUGAGCCAGGCAUGGUGGCACAUGCCUGUAAUCCCAGCUACUCAGGAGGCUGAGGCAGGAGAAAUCGCUUGAACCUGGGAGGUGGAGGUUGCAGUGAGCCGAGAUUGUGCCACUGCACUCCAGCCUGAACAACAGAGUGAGACAAUGUCUUAAAAAAAAAAAAAGAAAGAAAAGAAAAAAAUAUAUAUUUAUAUAUGAACAAUAAUAAAAAAUUAGCCUGGCAUGGUGGCACGCACAGUAGAACCAGAUCCCAUCUCUUAAAAGAAAUUUUCCUAGGAUUUGCAUUUUAUUCACUAUCAUAAAAUAUAAUUUUAAAGUUGGAAGUCAAUAUAACAUGAAAGGCAAAUCAUGCCAUAAACCCAUAGGCAUGGCAAAACUCCUAAGAGCUACUAUGACAUUUUUCAACAUAACCAGAGGUAUAAUUGAAGAAGUGGGUAUAAUAUUCCUCAUCACCCUUUUUGCAGCAGGCUGUUGUCAAAAGUAAUCAUAUUUUAGUAGGCAUAUUUUUCUGAAAUACGUUUGUAAUAAAUGCAUACUUAUUUUUACAAUACACUAUCCAUUUGUGUGCUUCCUAAAAUUAUGUCCUAUUUUAUUCUUUCCAAAUACAAAUCAGAGCAUUGACCUGAUUUUAACACCUUCCAAACUGUUUGAGUCCGAAUGAUUGUAGAUUAUAUUUUUUGCUUUGUCUUUUAGAGGUGGAUAUUAUUAAACAGUAUGUUAUUGAAUUGGGAGCUGAGUUUCUAAAAUCCCAAGUACUUAUUUGAUAAUUAGGUUUAUUUUUAAGGAGUAGUUUAAACAAAAUAUCUUAAAGUCAAGUUUUAAUGGGUCUGACACUUCAUUUGCUAUUUUUCUUUUCUUUUCUUUUUUAGAUGGAGUCUCGCUCUGUCACCCAGGCCAGAGUGCAGUGGCUUGACCUUGGCUCACAACAACUUCUGCCUCCCAGGUUCAAGCGAUUCUCCUAACUCAGACUCCGGAGUAGCUGGGACUACAGGUGCUCGCCACCAUGCCCGGCUAAUUUUUGCAUUUUUAGUAGAGGCAGGGUUUCACCAUGUUGACUAGGUUGGUCUCCAACUCCCAACUCCUGACCUCAGGUGAUCCGCCUGACUGGGCCUCCCAAAGUGCUGGGAAUUUUUUUUUUUUUUUUUGAGACAGUCUCACUCUGUUGCCCAGACUGGAGUGCAGUGGCGCAAUCUUGGCUCACUGCAAGCUCCACCUCCCGGGUUCACACCAUUCUCCUGCCUCAGCCUCCCUAGUAGCUGGGACUACAGGUGCCUGCCACCAUGCCCUGCUAAUUGUUUUUGUAUUUUUAGUAGAGAUGGGGUUUCACCCUGUUAGCCAGGAUGGUCUUGAUCUCCUGACCUCGUGAUCUGCCCGCCUCGGCCUCCCAAAAUGCUGGGAUUACAGGUGUGAGUCACUGCAGCCAGCCAAGAUUCAAAUUUUUUAGAAACAAUUACAUGCCUAAAUUCAACUUCAGUCUGGGAGCAGUGGCUCACGCCUAUAAUCCCAGCACUUUGGGAGGCCGAGGCAGGUGAAUCACCUGAGGUCAGGAGUUCGAGACCAGCCUGGCCAACAUGGUGAAACCCUGACUCUACUAAAAGUGCAAAAAAAGACUGGGCAUGGUGGCUCACGCCUGUAAUCCUAGCACUUUGGGAGGCCAAGGCGGGCAGAUCACCUGAGGUCAGGGGUUCAAGACCAGUCUGGUCAACAUGACGAAACCCUGUCUCUACUAAAAAUACAAAAAUUAGCCAGGUGUGAUGGCGGGCACCUAUAAUCCCAGCUACUUGGGAGGCUGAGGCAGGAGAAUCACUUGAACCCAGGAGGCAGAGGUUGCAGUGAGCCCAGAUCACACCACUGCACUCCAGGCUGGGUGACAGAGUGAGACUCUAUCUCAAAAAAUAAAUAAAUAAAAUAAAUAAAUAAUAAAAAUGCAAAAAUUAGCUGGGCAGGGUGGUACAUGCUUGUAGUCCCAAUUACUCAGGAGGCUGAGGCAGGAGAAUCACUUGAACCUGGGAGGUGGAGGUUGUAGUAAGCCGAGAUCAUGCCACUGCACUCCAGCCUGGGCCACAGAGUGGGACUCCAUCUCAAAAAAAAAAAAAAUUUCAAGUAUAUAUUUGAUGAUGUCUCACUUCCAUUAGGCAAAUUUAUACAUAAUGUUUCCUUUUCGAAGCAUUUUCAAAAUGUAGCAUGGCCACUUAGCUUUUCUAAACAGAAGGGAAGUAUAGACCCCUUCUUUUCAUUGAGGCUGAAUUAAAAAGUAAAAUCUACCCAUUAAGAAGAUAGUUAAACUAAGAUUGAUUGAUUGAUUGAUUUUGAGGCAGGGUCUUACUCUAUUGCCCAGGCCAGAGUGCAGUGGUGUGAUCUCAGCUCACUGCAGCCUCAACCUCCCUUGCUCAAGUGAUCCUCCUGCCUCAGCCUCCUGAGUAGCUGGGACUAAGGCAUGCGCCACCACGCUCAGCUAAUUUUAAAUUCUUUUUUAGAUAUGUGGUUUUGCUCUGUCACAAGCUGGUCUUGAACCCCUGGGCUCAAGCGAUCCUCCUGCCUCAACCUCCGAAACUGCUGGGGUUAAAGGUGUGAGCCACCAUGCCCAGUCAAAACCAAGGUUUUAAUUUUGUACCCUUCUUCACAAAGUUAGUCUGUUUUUUUUUUUUUUGAGAUGGAGUUUCGCUCUUUUUGCCCAGGCUGGAGUGCAAUGGUGCGAUGUUGGCUCGCCGCAACCUCUGCCUCCCAGGUUCAAGUGAUCCUUCUGCUUCAGCCUCCUGAGUAGCUGGGAUUACAGGCAUGUGCCACCAUGCCAGGCUAAUUUUGUAUUUUUAGUAGAGAUGAGGUUUUUUCAUGUUGGUCAGGCUGGUCUCGAACUCCUGACCUCAGGUGAUCCACCCACCUCAGCCUCCCAAAGUGUUGGGAUUAUAGGCAUGAGCCACUGCUCACAGCUUGUUUUUUUUCUUUUAAUGCAUUAUUCAAAUUAUUAAUGCUAGUGUUACUCCUGACCAGAUAAUGAUUAAAACUACUCUGGAAUUUUUGAAUGCUAGAGCAUUGUGAGUGUCAUAUGUAUUUUGUGUUUCCAUAGUUUUACAAAGGAAGAGCAAAUACUCAAGAGAAAAUUAUAAAGAGAGCUCAAAGACUUAUUUAAAAGAUGUCAGGUGCUUAUUAUUUUUCCCCCUCAUCUCUCCCAUGAGAUUCUAAAAAAAGUAGAAUUUUGCCUGGGUGCAAUGACUCACACCUGUACUCCCAGCACUUUUGGAGGCUGAGGCGGGAGGAUCGCUUGAGCUCAGGAGUUUGAGACCAGCCUGGGCAACAUAGACCUCAUCUCUACAAAUAAUCAAAAAAUUAACUGGGCAUGGUGGCACACAUCUGUGGUCCCGGCUACUUUGUAGGCUGAGGUGGUAGAAUUGCUUGAGUCCAGGUGGUUGAGGCUGCAGUGAGUCAUGAUCACAUCACUGCACUCUAACCUGCUCAACAAAGGGAGACCCCAUCUCAACAGACAAAAACAUGGAAUAUAAAGCCUAAACUAAAUGCACUUUUCUCAUGUGUACACUGCUUACAAAUUCUACUGUACUUAGAAUCUUCAAGCUAACUCACUUUCAGAAAAAAAAUGUUCAACUGAGCCUUGGUUCAACCAUCAUUGUUAUAAUGGUUUGUUUUACCUUUGAGAAUAGCAUAUAAAAGUGGGAGAGAGAUUACAGGUAUGAGCCACUGUGCCCGGCCACAACCUUCAAUUAUUUAGAUAAUUGUUAUAUCUUUAGCCUUCCUAAGGCUGUUAUGUCUUCAAGCUUUCUAAGCAUUAACAUUUGAUGGUUUAUGUCAUAUGUAUCCUAAGUGACUUUCUCUGAGUCCCUUGUGUAAGGGACUAUGUCUUUUAUACUGUAUAUUGCUUAGGCACAUAAAUGAUAAGUUUGGCUAAA